GGAAGAAAACAUGACAGAAACAGAUGCCUUUCACAGAAGCGAAAUAUUUGAUCCGGCAGAAAAGUACAAAAUGGACCAUAGGAAAAGAGGAAUCGCUUUAAUCUUUAAUCAUGAGCGAUUCUUCUGGCACCUGACAUUGCCGGAGAGGCGUGGCACCAUUGCAGACAGAGACAAUCUCAAACGCAGGCUUUCAGAUCUAGGAUUUGAAGUGAAGUGCUUUAAUGAUCUUAAAGCAGAAGAAGUACUGCUCCAAAUUCAUGAUGUAUCAACCUCUAGUCAUAAAGAUGCCGACUGCUUCCUGUGUGUCUUCCUGAGUCAUGGUGAAGGAAAUCACAUUUAUGCGUACGACGCCAAAAUUGAAAUUCAGACAUUGACUGGUUUGUUCAAAGGAGACAAAUGUCAGAGCCUGGUUGGAAAACCCAAAAUAUUUAUCAUUCAGGCAUGUCGGGGAAACCAGCACGAUGAGCCGGUCAUUCCUUUGGAUACUGUGGAUCAUCAGACAGCUAAGCCAGACGCCAACGUCACAGAGGUGGACGCAGCCUCGGUGUACACGCUGCCCGCUGGGGCUGAUUUCCUCAUGUGCUACUCUGUGGCCGAAGGUUAUUAUUCUCACCGGGAAACGGUGAACGGCUCGUGGUACAUCCAGGACUUGUGUGAGAUGCUGGGAAGGUAUGGCUCCUCCUUGGAGUUCACAGAGCUGCUCACGCUGGUCAACAGGAAGGUUUCUCAGCGCCGGGUGGACUUUUGCAAAGACCCAAGAGCCAUUGGGAAGAAGCAGGUUCCCUGCUUUGCUUCAAUGCUCACAAAGAAGCUACACUUCUUUCCAAAAUCUAAAUGA